UAGGUUUCUGACUGCAUGUGCCAUCGCUGCGGGUCUGGGGAGCACAGAUCAGAGAAGAGGCAGAAGAAGACACAGCAUUGAUGAGACGACAGUGGAGGAGUGCCAUGUCUGCUGAAGACGUAGACCACAAUCCCUGGGCUGUUGCUGGCGACGUAGGAGAAGCUGUCUUUGGUGUUGCUGCUGCCAGAGUUGCAUGGCCGGGAGAUGUCGAUUACAGUGGCCAUCUUGGAUGGGGUGAGCAAGAGCAGGAGCUGCAAGAGCUGGAUGAGCUGGAUGAGCUGGAUGAGCUGGAUGAGCUGGAUAAGCUGGGUGUGACGAAAGAGCUGACAGAAUUGAAAGAGAAUCGUCAGAUUUUGGACAGAGACUACUUUGGGACAGAUAAACAGAAGGUUCUUAUUAUUGAUGAUCCCAUUCACCACAAGGAUCAAAAGAAUGUGGAAGAACAGGAAGAUCACUCAGAUCACUCAAACCAUAAUGAUUAUCUUUCUGAUUCUGAUAAUAACGAAGACUUUGGGGAAUUUAUAUCAGAAAUUCCAAGUUUAUCUUACAUAUCAAAUUUAAAUCUACUGAUUGACAUCAAUAAAUUAAUGGGCAACAUAUUCAACGAAAAUUCUAAUCGAAUUGAUCAAAUCAAUAACCCAAAUCAAAUGACUGAUCCAAUUCAAUUACUAGACAAAGCUAAAAACUCAAGAAAAUUUUAUUAUUCCUUACUAAGACCAACAAAACAGUUUUUCACUACUAAAGAUAAUUCCUUCCCUAAUAAUAAUAAUAAUAAUAAACAUAAAAGAAGUGACUCGUUUAAUUUUUUAAAUUGGCAUCUGUCAAAUAUUUAUCAAAAUAUCAUCAAAAUUAUAUCAAUCUGGAAUUCAAAUGAUCUUAUAUUAAACAACAAUAUCAACACCAAUACUGAUGACAACUUUGAAAAUAAUAUAAAUCAAAAAGAAAUUCAAAAUUAUUCGAAAAUAUUUCAUUGGUCUUCUGAUCAUAGUAAUAUUAAUAAUAACAAACCUGAUAAUAAUAAUGAAAACUCACUUUUAAACUCAAUUUCUAAUCAAUUAACUAGCCAUGCUUCAAAAGCAUCUUUAAUCUUGCAAAAUAAAAGAAUCAAAAAUGAUUUACUCAAAAAUGCUUCUCAAAAUUCUCCCCAAAAUACGGCUCAAAGUAAUCAAAAAGAAAACAAUGAUAUUACCAAAAAUAAUGUAAAUACAGAUAGUGCUAACAAUACAGAUAACAAUGACAAUAAAGACAAUAUUAAUGAUACAAAAAAACCCAUCUUACUAAAUUUUAUUACUAAAACUUUUAAUUUCAACUCAAACUCAAACCAACUAUCAAACUCAAAAGCCAUAAAAAGAAAUUUCUUAUCAUCCAAGGAUUUUUUUAAAAACAAUCAAAAUAAUAAUAACAAUAAUGAUAAUAAUAAUAAUGAUAAAAAUAAUGAUAAUAACAAAGAUAAAAAUAAAAAUAAAAAAAUUGAUUCUACUGAAGAUGAUGAUGAUUUUUUCAAUUUUCAGUUCAAAUUAAACGAUCAAUCUCGCAAAUCAAAAAAAAAUAGUAACAAAAACAAUAAUAGUGAUGAUGAUGAAUAUGGUUUUAAUUAUUAUAGUGAUGAUGAUUAUGGUGACGAUGAUGAUGAUUUUGGUAAUUUUUCAAUGGGCGAAUAUGGUCAAUUAUCAAGCAAUAAUAACCACCCUAAUAACAAUCAUACUACUAAUAAUAAUGAUGAUAAUAAUCUGUUGUUUGAUUUUCCAAAUCACAUUGAUGAUACUAAAAGUGUAAAAAGCAUAAAAAGUAUAAAAAGUAUAAAAAGUAUAAAAAGCACAAAAAGCACAAAAAGCAUAAAAAGUGAUCAUUCUUCUAAAAAUAUUCAAAAAAUUAAUCCAAAUACUGAAAACAGUAAUGAAAACAACAAUGAAAAUACAGAUCAAAAUACAGAUCAAAAAAAUAAUGAAAACAGUAAUGAAAACAGUAACGAGAAUAGUAGCGAGAAUAGUAACGAAAAUAAAGAUAAAAAUAUGAAUGAAAAUAAGGAUAAAAAUAAAAAAACCAAUGGUUGGUUUUCAUUUUUUUCUAAACCUAAAUUAGAUAAUAUUAAAACCGAAAAUCAAAUUCAAUCAGAUAAAAUAGAAAUUAAAAAAAUUAAAGAAACACCCAAUUCAAUUUCAGAUAAUGUAACAAAUACCAAACAAAUCAAUUUUCAAAAUCAAAUUAAAACCCCAAAAACCCCAAACAACUCAAUUCCAGAAAAGAGUAAAUCAACACCUUCUGAAAAGAAAAUGGAAACAAAAAUUGUUGAUAAAGAAAAAGAUAAUACACCAAGGAAAAUAAAGACAAAAUUGAGUCAAAUACCUUCUCUUAAAACACCAAUCCAAUCACCAAAGAUUAUAGUUAACGAAUCUAAAAUAGAUAAAAUUAUAAAUGAUAUAGAGAGAAAAAGGCCAGGGGAUGAAAGAAAAAAAGGAAAUGAGUCAGAUGAUGACUGGGGAGACUUUGCAUCAAUUUCUCCAAGCUCUUUACCUACCAAAGAAGAAGAUUUUUCAAAAAGAUUUAUCAGCAUAGAUACUAAUGCAUUGAGUCCAAUUUCAUUGAGAUUUGAUAUUUCUCAUCACAAUGGAAACGAUAAAAAUGCAAAGCGAAAUGAAAGUGAAAGUGAAAAUGGAAGUGAUUCAAUGGGAGAAUUUCAAUCCUUUACUGUAUCCCCAUCAAGUUCAAAAAAAGAUAUUUCUAAUAAUAAUACUGGUAAUAGUAAUAUUUUUCAUAAUAGGACUAGUAAUUUAUCAAUGCAAUCAUUUGCAUUGGAACCUAAAAAAACAAUUAGAUAAUUUAUAGAUUUAUAGAUUUAUAAGGUUUUUUUCAGCUUUAAGUUUUUUAAGUUUUUUAAUUUUUUUAAUUUUUCAUUUCUUUUAUCAUUUGUUUUAUUGCUUAUUUCAUUUUUGGAUAUUUAAAUAAAUCUGAUUAAAGAUUUGGCCAUAUAAAAUUGGCUGUUAUUCAGUCGAUUAAAAAUUGAAAAAAGCGGUAUAUUAUAUAUUAAA